AUGGUCUCCGCAGUACUACUUUCCCAAUCCAUUAUUGUUUUGAUUUUCUCCACUUUCCUCCCUUCAUGCACCUCCUUCCCCAAACCUGGAAAUUUUACAGAUCAUCAAGCUUUGCUUUCACUUAAGGCAAGCAUAGUAACAGAUCCUCUUCAUUUUACUACCUCGUGGAAUGAGUCCACUCAUUUCUGUGAAUGGUUUGGAGUCACUUGUGGUCUCAAGCACCAGAGAGUCACCAAAAUUGAUUUGCAAUCAAGUAGUCUUGGAGGCUCUUUGUCACCCUCCAUUGGUAACUUGAGUUUUCUCAGGGAAAUAAUGCUCUAUAACAAUAGCUUUAGAGGCAUAAUUCCCGAGGAGAUUGGACGCUUGUCAAGAUUACAAGUGCUUAAUCUCAGAGGUAAUUCAUUUUCAGGUGAAAUGCCAAAAAACAUAUCAAAUUGUUUUAAUUUGAUUGAUCUCUCUUUGGGUGCCAAUAAUCUAACUGGAAGAUUUCCUCUGGAAUUCCAAUCAUUGUUCAAGCUUCAAUACCUUGCUCUUUUCCAAAACAAUUUGGUUGGUGAAAUACCUGCUUACUUAGGGAAUUUUACAUCACUCCUUGCAAUCUCUUUUAUUCAUAACAACUUCCAAGGAAAGAUCCCUACUUCUCUUGGCCAACUACAUCAACUUUUUUUCCUUCAACUCAGUAAUAACAAUUUGUCUGGCACCAUUCCCACAUCCAUUUUCAAUUUGUCAUCAUUGGAACUACUUGAACUAUCAUUUAAUCGACUUGAGGGCUAUCUUCCACCAAGUCUAGGCUCUGUUCUUCCAAUUCUACAAAGUCUCAGUAUUGGUAAAAACUUUUUAAUUGGGCCACUUCCCAUCUCAAUAUCAAAUGCUACAAGUCUGAAGAACUUUGUUAUUGUUGAGAAUGGUUUUACGGGAGGAGUUCCGUCAUUUAGCAAUCAUAGACAGUUAGACUAUUUUGGGCUUAGUAGCAAUCCUCUUGGUAAUGGAAAAUCCACUGACUUGGAUUUCAUGGUGUCUCUUCUCAAUAGUAGUGCCACAUUACGCGACCUAGUUCUCUCUCAGUGCAAUUUUGGAGGCAUUUUGCCAAGAUAUAUAGGCAAUUUUUCGAGGCUUAGGGGGCUUUAUUUAGGUGGGAAUGUCAUUCAUGGAGAUAUCCCAAAUGAAAUUCAAUUUCUGGUUCACAUGGAAGAAUUAGAAAUCAAUGGAAACCAGCAAAGUGGUAUUAUUCCGACUUCAUUGGGAAGUCUUCAUUCGCUUAUUUAUUUAGACCUUUCAGAAAACAAAUUGUCUGGAGUGCUUCCAUCUUCUUUAGGAAAUUUUUCCAUGCUAAGUGAACUCUACCUGCAGUCCAAUAAUCUACAAGGUCCUCUUCCAGCAAGUCUCGAAAAAUCCAAGAAUUUGUUAUAUGUAAAUCUUGCCAAAAACAAUCUCAAUGGCUACCUCCCGAAAAGCUUUUUCAAUCCUAGUUCAUCACUGGUAUAUUUAGAUCUGUCUUACAAUCAAUUCACAGGUCCACUUCCUGUAGAAAUUGCUGAGCUGAAAAUUUUGGUGGCACUGAACCUCUCAAAUAACAUGUUAUCAGGUGAACUUCCCAGUACCCUUGGUGCAUUGAGUGGCUUGAUUGAUCUCAUCAUCAGCAACAAUUUUUUCCAUGGAGUUAUCCCCCCUUCUUUGAGCUCUUUAAAAAGCCUUCAAACUUUAGAUCUGUCUUGUAAUAACCUCACGGGUGAAAUCCCGAAAUUCCUUGCUAAACUUCAAUCCUUAAACCACCUAAAUUUAUCUUCCAAUGAUUUUUAUGGUGAGAUACCCACUGAAGGAAUCUUCAAAAACAAGAGUGGUGUUGAGCUUAAUGCUAACAAGCAGCUCUGUGGAGGUAUUCCUCAGUUUGGAUUGCCAAAGUGCAUUAGAAAAGGGGAAAGACAAGAUCUAUCGCGCAACAAAAAGUUGGCAAUAUUCAUUUCUAGUGGGACUUUGAUUUUGAUAUUGGUGGCUCUCUUUGUGUUUGUUUACAAGUGGAAGAACAAGCAGUCUCCAUUGUUGGAAUCAACAAUAGAAAUCUCCCCUAGGAUGUCUUACUGGAGUCUCCAAAAGGCAACUAAUGGAUUCUCUGAAUCCAAUAGAAUUGGUUCAGGAAACUUCAGCACAGUUUACAAAGGCAUUCUUGAGGAUGGUUUAACAUUUAUUGCAAUUAAGGUGAUCAAAGUUCAUGUAAGAGGAGCAUCUAAGAGCUUUCUUACUGAAUGUGAAGCAUUGAGACAAAUUAGACAUCGAAACUUGGUAAGAGUUUUGACGUCUUGUUGUAGCAUUGACCAUGAAGGCAAUGACUUCAAGGCCAUAGUCUACGACUACAUGAGCAAUGGUAGUCUGGACAAUUGGUUGCACAAUCACUCAGAAAACAACGAAGAAAAUCAUGAUUCCAAGAAUUUAAACUUGUUGCAAAGGGUGAAUAUCGCAAUUGAUGUAGCAAACGCACUUGAUUAUCUUCAUAAUCAUUUGGAGAAUCUUUUAGUACAUUGUGAUUUGAAGCCAAGUAAUAUUUUGCUGGAUGGGGGCUUGGUUGCUCAUGUUGGUGAUUUUGGACUAGCAAAGUUUCUUCCCAUAAAAGAUGCACCUACAUCUUCAUCUAUAGGAAUUAAAGGGACGGUUGGAUAUGCAGCUCCAGAGUAUGGGAUGGGAAGUGAUCUGUCAACAUGUGGCGAUAUGUAUAGUUAUGGAAUCCUUUUGUUAGAAAUAUUCACCGGUAAAAGUCCUACUUGUGAUAUCUUCAAUAAUGGGUUAACUCUUCAUAACUAUACUAAAAUGGCCAUACCUGAGCAAGUCAUUGAGAUUGUGGAUCCAAAGCUAUUCCACAAAGAAGCUAAUGCAACACCUAAAACUUUUGUACUCGGGGACCGGAUAUUAGAAUGUCUUGUAUCAAUUUUUAAGAUAGGAAUUGCUUGUUCCAUGGAGUUACCCAGGGACAGAAUGAACAUUGACAAUGCUAUCAAGGAGUUGCGUUCAAUCAAAGACACCCUUGUGCAACUUGGGGACAUUAGUACCAUUCCUCGCAGAGUGUGCAAGGUCAACAAUCCUUAGAAAGUACUACCAUAAGCGUAUAAUUCAGAGAUUGAGAUCACACAAGC